GUCAACCUAGUGGUAUUCCAAAUUCCAAUUCCUCUCAUAACUCAUUCCUUCCUUUCCUUUGCUAGCAAUCAUAGGCAUCUCUCUCUCUCUCUCUCUCUCUCUCACCCCUCCUAUAAUCAUAGCCAUCACAUCCUUCUCUCUCCUCCCUCUAUAUAAACGGGGGCAAGCCUCGGGCUCUCUUGCCAAAAAAGCAAGCUAUGGGCAUGAGCGAAGAUCACGACACGGGCCUUGCGCUCAGUCUGGGCUGCGGCCCAAUUAUUACAACAAGUCACCACCGACGCAAAGAGCCCACGGAGCCAUCUCUGACGUUGAGCCUCUCCGACGAUGCCUACGCGCCGACGAUGGACGCCACGCCCGCUCGAUUGUCGUCGCCUCACAGUCCCGUCUCUUCAUUCUCCACCGCGUAUCCAUUGACGAUGACGGUGAAGAGAGAGAAGGAAGAGGCCGAGGCUGAGGUCGAGAGAGUGUCGUCGAGGACUAGCGAUGAGGAUGAAGAUGGCAACGCGAGGAAAAAGCUGAGGCUAACUAAAGAACAGUCUGCUCUUUUGGAGGACAGGUUUAAGGAGCAUAGUACUCUUAAUCCAAAACAAAAGCAAGCGUUGGCCAAGCAGUUGAACCUCAGGCCGAGACAAGUCGAAGUUUGGUUCCAAAACAGGAGAGCCAGGACAAAGCUGAAGCAAACAGAGGUGGACUGUGAAUUCCUGAAGAGGUGCUGCGAGACGCUGACCGACGAGAACCGGCGACUGCAGAAGGAGGUGAACGAGUUGCGGACGAUGAAGCUCGCUCCGUGCGAGAGGGUCGCCGGAGUUGGUGGCGGCGAGGGAGCGAAGGGAAAAUCUGGGCCUUUUGUGGUUGGAACCAAGCCUCACUUUUACAAUCCCUUCACUCAUUCAGCAACUUGUUAGGGAUAUAACACCGACCAAUUAAUUAAGCCUUAAUUUGUUUGUUUUCUUAAUUAUUAGGCCUGAUUGAUGGAUAAUUAGGUACUGCGCAGAUACUAUUAGGUCUCCGUGAUCUAGUUAUGAUCAAGGAGCAAUAAGCAAUUAAUUAUAGUGAGAGAGGAUCAGAUGUAGAUAGGUAAAAAAAAAUGAAUAUUAAUAAUAAUAAUAGGGAAAUUAGGUUCCAUAGUGUUCAAAGCGUCCUUGCAGUUUGACUUGAGAUUAUGUUUUUCUCCCUCCAAUCCUUUCAAAGUGAUUUGUAUAUACAGAGGAAAUUAAACAUAUUUCAAUUAGCUUUCUCUCCCCUUGUGAAUUAUGUUAACAUGAAAUACACAUGAUUUUUCUUAUUUAUUUAUUUA